AUGUAUAAAACUUCAAGAUCUCUAAGAUAAAGUUAAGAAAAGCUCUACACUGUCAACAAACCAUCUCCAUAAGCUAGAGCAGUUUCUUUUGCUACAUCUAUUGAAGACCCUAUUAGAUUAAUCAGCAGAGAAUUAGAUAAAGAUUUAUAGAAACAAAAAUUGAAAGUUUAUGAAGCUGAAUUAUUGGAAGCAAAAGGUUGAUUUAUUGAAUUUUAUAGAUUAGAGUAGUAAAGUUAAAUUUUUAUUGAGUUGAAUGAAUGGAAAUUGAAAAAUAAAUAAUAAUAAUAACUUAUUGAGAAUUUAGAAUUCAAAGUUCAAAUUGAGAAAAAGGAUUCACUUAUCUAUUAAUAAUAAGUUUAGAGAUUAGAAGAAUAAUACAAUUAUUUAUAAGAUAAUUACAAUACACAAAAAUAACAGAUUAUUGUUUUAUAAGAAGCUAUAGAGUAAAUAUCAAAAAAGAAUAAUCUUGAAAAAGAAAUUAGAAAUGACAAAGAAUUAUAAUAAGAAAAAGAAAUUAAGUAAGACUUAUAAUUAUUAUUCAAGAUUAUUAUAAAAUGAAAUAAAGAGAUAUUAAGAAGAAAUCUUAAAAUAGAGAGAACAUAUACUAUAAAAUAGUUAAUCAUAAAAUGCUAAUGAAUUUAUUUAAAUAUUAGAAAAUAAAUUUGAAUUAGUUUAAAAGGAGUUCAUAUUUUAUAAAAGAGAAAAAGAAUUAGAAAUUUAAAACUUUUAAUAAAUUAUAGAUUCUUUAUAAAAUUAAAUUAAAUUAUUGAAUUAAGAAAACAAAUAAUUAUAAGAAAAAUAAUUAAUAACAUCAACAACAGAGGAACAUUAAUAAUAAAUUAAAAGUUUAAAGAUUGAAUUAGAAAGUUAAAUAUAAAUAGCCAAAUAGUUGAAUCAAUAAAUAGCAAUAUUAUAAUAACAAUUAAACUAAACAAAUGUGAUCUGCUAAAAUUUAAAAGAAGAAAAAUAAAGUGCUAUAAAAGAAAAAUAAGCUAUUGAAACAUAUUAUUUAGAUUAAUUAUAAAAAUAAGAUGUAUAACUCUCAUAAAUGAUCAAAUCAUCUGUUUAAAAUGAGUAAAAAGCUUAGAUUUAAAAAUUGUAAAUCAUAAUUGAGUAAAAUAUUUAUUUCUAUUUUUAAGAUAAAAAGAUUUAAUGAUAAGAGAAUUGAGUAUGUAGAAGGAUUGUAAUUGUAAUAAAUAAACCAAAAAUGAAUAAAAAAUAAUAGUUAGAGAUUUAGAAAAGAAGAAUGCUACUUUGGUUAUGGAAGUUGAAAGAUUGAAUAAAAUUUUAAAAUAAAAAUUAACAGAGUUAGAGAAUCAAACAUCUAGAUCAUGUGAAGAAAAUCACAAAAAAUACUUAGAGGAGAUUGAAAUUUGGAAAAAUAAGUUCUUAUCUAUAAAUAAACAAUAUCAUAUUAGUUAAGAGUAAUUAAUGGUUGUUAAAACAGAAUUAGAUGGUUUAAAGAAAACCAAACAAAAAGAAAAUAUUGAUCCAAUCUUAAAUAAUAAAGUAGUAUGA